GCGACAAGCAAUUAAUAGUAAAUACCUCCGACCAUUCCUUCCAUUGACAAACAAUUAGCCCAGUAUUAGUAUACGGCUAUUAUCAAGACUCGGUGACAGUCAUUAGGGCGUCAUCAUGAGAAAUCAUUGUGUUUUGUAACAGAAAUCGGUGGAACAAAUUAUAACAAUGAAAUUCUUAUAUAUUUUAAGUGUGUUAAUCUUGUCAACUGCUUCGGCACAAGAUGCAGCUAAUUGUGAUAAAUGCGCUACAAGAGACCAAUGUGAGAUAUUUCGAAAUAUGAGUCCCACACAACAAAACAUGUGGGUAAACAAAUAUCCAUGUGCGAAAAUUCUCUACAACGGCCAUUACAUUCCGUAUAUAAAUGGAAACUAUGUUUGUUGCUCCGAUAAUUUGUGGGCUGCUGAACUAGGUUAUAACUACGGCGGAGACAAUAAUGUCCUAUACCCCGAAUACCCAGACACAGGGGUACAAGGCGUACCCGCCGACUACCCAAACUACUAUCCAACUCCAAGCAUUCCGGGUGGCUCUAACAAUCCAGAUCCCAGGGACUCUAAUUUAAACGUACAACCAGGUGUAAUAAACAGACCAGCAACCACCCCACCUUAUUUGAACUAUAACACUUUACCUCCACGCGUUACCAGCGGGCAAUGUCUAGCAUCUAGCAACCCUCCAAACCCUCAAACAGGUUGUUGCGGCCUCGAGGCGUCUGAAUCUGACAGGAUUGUCGUAACCUCUGCACGUCCAGUUUACCCGACAACACCUUACGCGUUGUGGCAACAAAAAGAUCCAUCAAAUGCGAAAAUUAUCAUCAAAAAGGAGUCUGACAAAACUGUUAAUGUCACUAUAGAUUCUCGGAUAGCAGGUGGUAAGGAAACAGACUUUUAUCAAUUUCCGUGGACUGCGCAGCUAAUGUCGACGUUUGCUUACGACCAACGUCGGCAGUCGUUUGACUGUGGUGGAUCUCUCAUCAGUUCCCGAUAUAUCCUCACCGCUGGCCAUUGUGUUUAUGACGCAGUUGGCAUAUUAGUCAAGGUCGAAGCAUACCUAGCCGAAUACGACAGAACCACGUUCCCAAAGGAUUGUAAAAAUGUUGUCGGGUAUGGACAAGAGUGCAUAGAAAACAUUGUGAUAGAAGCAGAAGAAGUUGUACGACACCCUCUGUAUGACGACGAUAAACUAUAUAACGACAUAGCAUUGAUUAGGCUUCGAGAAAACGCACCAUACACAGAAUUCAUAAGACCAAUUUGUUUGACGCCGAUCGACGUGGACGAUACAAACUUCGCGAACUUGCGUCUGGCGGUCGCCGGCUGGGGCCGCAACGGUCGCUACAGAUCUAAUAUAAAACAAUCCACUGUCGUCAACUUGGUGCCCCAAGAACAAUGUAAAAAAUAUUACCCGGCUUUAUUAAGAAGCCAAAUGUGCGCCGUCGGGUAUACUGGCGAAGACACAUGCAAAGGUGAUUCAGGCGGCCCCCUAAUGACGGUAAACGGCGGAAAGUAUUAUGUAGUGGGCAUAGUGAGUGGCAAGCGAGCGGACGCGCCCUGUGGAACUGCCGUACCUUCGCUUUACACUAAUGUGUAUUACUACCUGGACUGGAUUCUUGCUAACAUUAAAGAUUAAUUUUGUGAUGAAAUAAAUGAUUUCGAGAUGUUA